UGGCUCCGCCAUUGUGUGACAGCUUCUCUCGUUGCUAACCAGAAGCUUCUCCUGGUUACCUGGUUACCUACUCAACAAGAACAACAACAGAGAGAGAAACUAAUAACAAGAGUCGUGUGGAUUAUUCAGGACUUCUUCCAGCGACACAGAGAGCAUGAAAGAGGACAGACUUCACCACCAGGAUCAAAGAUGAAACCAAACUACUGCGACGUCCUCUGUGCCAGAGAGAAGUGGCCUGGUACUUCAGAGAAUUUCUUCUGUGACGUCAACAACACAGAUUUGGUACAAGACCAGAGAAGCUGAGAUCACACACGACAACGCCGCACCUCUAGCAUGUACAAAGACUACAGAUCAAGCCGAGUCACCGGACUCAACGCUCUGCCCUUUGAUCCAGCAAGCAACAACGACCCUCUCCAGUUCACCAGCUCCAGUGGGCCACUGGUGACAGAGUGUCCUCCUCUGGAAAACACUGCCGAGAAUACCAAGAAGAGGAAGAGAGCCAGCCUGCCUCCAGAAGGGAUUUGUAACAUGACAAUGGACUCCAACUCGAUGACGAUGCCCCUGUCAGACCCCAACGCCUGGGCGACAGCCAUGAACAACCUGGGGAUGCCUCCCAUCGGACUCACUGGACAGCAACUCAUGCCAGAUUUUGAUCCCAGCCUCGGUAUGAUGGCUGGCAUGACCCCCCUGAAUCCCAUGAUGCCCGGCCUCGGCAUGGUGCCCGGGCCCCUCUCCCAGGAUAUGCCGGUUAUCAAGGAGAUCAUCCACUGCAAGAGCUGCACCUUGUUCCCCCCCAACCCCAAUUUCCUGCUAGAACAGUUUCUGCCUGGGGACUUUAUUCAAACAAGUCUUACAAGUCAUCUUCAAGACCUCCCGCCUCCGGCCACGAGAGACCGCCCUCCGGGGUGUAAGACGGUGUUUGUCGGCGGUCUGCCCGAGAACGCCACGGAGCAGCUCAUCAUGGAGGUCUUCGGGCAGUGUGGCGAAAUCACUGCCAUACGCAAAAGCAAGAAAAACUUCUGCCAUAUCAGAUUCGCUGAAGAGUUCACUGUGGACAAGGCUCUCUUCCUGUCGGGUUACCGUAUCCGUUUGGGCUCCAGCACAGACAAAAAAGACACCGGCCGUCUCCACGUGGACUUCGCCCAGGCCAGAGACGACCUCUACGAGUGGGAGUGUCACCAACGCAUGUUGGCCAGAGAGGAGAGGCACCGGCGCAAGAUAGAGGAGGAUCGCCUCCGGCCGCCCUCCCCUCCUCCCAUCGUCCACUACUCGGAGCACGAGUGCAGCCAGCUGGGAGACAAGAUCAAAGAGGACGGCAAGUUUCCCGAAGCAGUGCGUGUUCUCCUGACCUGGCUGGAACGAGGGGAAGUCAACCGCAGGAACGCCAACAACUUCUACUCCAUGAUCCAGUCGUCCAACGGCCACAUCCGCCGGCUGACGGGCGAGAAGAGUCAGCACGAGAAGGAGGUGGAGGAGGCCAAAGACAAGUUCAAGACCGCUCUGGCCGGCAUAGUGGGUCAAUUUGAACAGAUUGUGUCUGUAUUCCAAGCUGCUUCCAAACAAAAGGCAUGGGACCAUUUCUCCAAAGCUCAGCGCAAGAACCUGGACAUGUGGCGCAAACAAGCCGAGGAGAUCAGAAACAUGCACAGCGAGCAGCUGAUGGGCAUCAGGCGAGAGGAGGAGAUGGAGAUGUCGGACGAUGACAUGGAGGAUUCCCCUGACAGCAAGGACUCCGAGGACUCAGGUGUUUCCCAAGCAGAAGCCUUAAAGGAGGAGAACGACUCGCUGCGCUGCCAGCUGGACGCCUACAGGAACGAGGUGGAGCUGCUCAAACAGGAACAAGGAAAGAACCAACCGAUGGGCAGCGAGGAGGACAACACGCACGCUCAGCAGCUCAGCUUCCUGCAGCAGGCUCUGCAGGGCAUGCAGAAGCAACUGUUAAAAAUGAGGGAAGAAUUAAAACAGCGGGAGGCCGAGCUGGAGAAGAGUUCGGAGGACAAACAGCAGCUGAGCAGCCAAGUCCAGAACCUGAAGGAAGGACUCCAAAACCUGCAAAACACAGACCUGAUGCAGCUGGAGACGUCGACGCAAGACGACAGAGGCGGCGAGGAGAGCGCUAAUCAAACCAGCGAAGUCGCAGUGUCAACAGUGGUGUCGUGCAGUCAGGAGAAGGAAGGUCCUACAGAGAAGAAUCCACCGAGUCCUGUCCACUCCGAGAGGGAGGCGCUGCUAGUUGGGAUCAUUUCGACGUUCCUGCACGUCCACCCGUUCGGAGCCAGCAUCGAGUACAUCUGUUCCUACCUGCAGCGUUUGGACACCAAGAUUAACCCCGGUGAGGUGGAGGCUCUUCUUACUCGGCUGCCCUGCACCUUCAGACAGGAGCUGACCGGCGUCGGAGCCAGCCUGGAGAAACGCUGGAACUUCUGCGGCUUCCAGGGCAUCAAGAGCACAUAGAACUCUGCCCGCUGAUGCUUCUGGGGACGUGGACGAGAUGACAAGGCGGACAAGACGACAUAAGGACGCCUGUAGAGAUGCGAAAGACACAGUAUAAAGCCCACGAAUAUCAAAGACGGUGGACUGUACAAGGACACAGAAGACUGAGCACAGAUCUCUGAUCAAGAGGGAAUGUUACAUGAGCAUUUCAGGGACUCUGUAGGUGGCAGAGACGUACAAACUCAGCAUCUCCAUGGUUACGGAAAAGUUGACACCAAACCACGGUGGCAAAAUCUUCAUGAGCUUGAACUCAAAAUAUUUUUAGACAUAACAGCUCUCCGGGAGUCACAGAAGAAGACCACCGAUUCCUACAGUCACUGGAUUAUUACGUAGUUAUGGCCCCACGUGGGUCGGGUAUUGUGCUUUCUGAGCCUGCGGUUGGCUCUGUACGGUGUCAGUGUGAGCCAGGACCACAGGGCUAACCGAGGAGGCUUAUCAGGGUCUAACUGAACACUGAACACACAAACCUCCCAACCCUUCGGCCUCCCUCUCUUCUCUUUUUGCUGUUCCUGGUUUGUAAAAUAGAUCAAAAAUGGAUAUAUUUCUUCAUUUUCUGUAAAGGCUGUUAACAGUUGCAUAGAAUCAUUUGUUGUAAUACACUGUAAAUGCUUGGAUGAUAUUUUUGAUUAUAAAAAAGACGUUUGAGUAUAUAAAAAUGUUGUAUUUUA